AACAGGCCCCCAGUCUGACAACCUGACAGUUUCUACCAGAACAUCAUGGCAAUAGCAACACUGUGCGCUGUCGUGGCGGCUCUGAGAGUUCUCCCGAACAGAUCCCAGUUUUUUGACUAUGAGCACGUGUCUCUGAGCUGUGGGCAGCAGAGAAACCUCUGUGGAUGGACGAUCAAGAGGAACACAUGCACGACCCCAAACAACAACUGCUCCCAAACAUGGAAUGGCAAUAACGGCUCCUUUGAUGCUAUUUACGGCUUUGAUAGUGGAGUGUACUGGUGUGAGUCUGCAGCAGGAGAGCGCAGCGAGGCCGUCAACAUCAACGUGACCGAUGGUUCUGUUAUUCUGGAGAUUCCUAAUCUUCCUGUGAUGAAAGGAGAUAAUGUGACUCUGGGAUGUACAUGCAAGAUGGAAUCCGCCUCCAGUAGUCUUAAUGAUUUCGUCCUGAGUUUCCCCCCAAAUCACACCGCUAACUUCUACAAAGAUGGCGUCCUCAUCGGGAGUAGCUCCACUGGAAACAUGACGAUCCACGGUGUUUCUAAAUCUGAUGAAGGGCUCUACGAGUGUAACAUCUCUGGGUUUGGACAAUCGCCAAACAGCUGGCUCACUGUCCGAGAAGCAGGACAUCCUGAGGUACCUGACUUUCCCCCUGCAAACACUCAACUUCCUGUGGUGGUCGCCCUCUGUGUGGUGAUCUUCUUGAUCUCUGCGACGCUGCUCUGCCUCUGGAAAAACUGCAAAGGACAAGACGACCCUGACGUCCCGUACACUGAUGUCACCAUCACUCAGGGAGUGCAGCCAAACAAGAUCACAGACGUGGACGCCGUGCCGACCUUCUACUCGACAGUCAAACUACCUGGAAGUUUCUAACCGGACACAGUUUGAUGGACUAAUCAGCGCCCCCACGUCAAGAUUCAGACUCUGAAAGCUCUUGUGAAAACCAUCCUGUGACAAGUGGUCCUUUUUCAAUUUGACAUUCAAAAUGUUUCAUGUGAUUUGAGGGGGAACUGGGUCUUCUAGUUCUGAUGAGUAGUUAUUAAUGAUGUCAUCAUAAUUUCCCUUCACAGCAUUGAAACACAGAGAGUCUUUUUAGUGUAACUGCAAGAAGGAAGAAAAAAAACAGCAACACCAGCAAACCACAACAUGAAGGGAUCAUAACUGCAGAGCCAGGAUGUCACUGUUGCGAUGUGUGUCAUAUUCACAAGCCACAUAAAUCAUUGAGUGUUCAAGGUGCAGCUUUUUGACAUAGUAAAUGUUUACCCUCA